CCGGUUCCGCUCCAUGCUGCUCUGUGUGACUCUGCUGGUCCUAGCUGCCAGCAGUGACCAAUCUGCCGCCCCCAAGCCGACACUGACUCUCCAGCCUCCGUGGACCACCUUGUUCAGCUCGGAGUCGGCGAACCUGACAUGCAGGGAGACCAGCCCCCAGGCCCCGGGAAACACCAUGUGGUAUCGGGAGGGCCAGGUGUGGGCAGAAACCCCAGGCCAGAGCAUACUUGUUCAGACGGCUGGUGUCUACACCUGCCGGAGACCGGCCUCUGCCCUCAGUGAUCCUGUGACCCUGACUGUCUCUGGAGCCAUGCUGAUCCUGCAGGCCCCUCCUUGGUUGUUCGAAGGCGACAUCCUGACCCUGUGGUGCCGGAGCCGGGAGGGCCAGUCCGUCUCCCAAGUGACCUACUACUGGGAUGGGCAGCCCAUCCACUUUCCCGGAGGAAAUGGCAGCCUCCCCGCCGUGCCCGUGAGGCUGGGGGCAGAGGAGGCCCGGGGGGCCGGGGAAGCUGGAGGGGGUCUCUACCACUGCUCUGCAGUCAUCAAGGAGCCAAGGAGAUCGAGGAUUGUGAGGUCGCAAUCAGUCAACCUCCAGGUCAGAGAGCUGUUCCCUCCACCCGUGCUGAGAGCCGCCUCCUCUGUCGAGCCCAGAGAGGGGAGUCCGCUGACCCUGACCUGUGACACACAGCUGGACCCCCUCAGGCCGGACUCCCAGCUCCGCUUCUCCUUCCACCGAGACAACCGGACAGUGCGGGGCUGGGACGGCUCCCCGGAGCACCAGAUCCUGGUGGCCCAGAGUGGGGACUCCGGCUCGUAUUGGUGCGAGGUGGCCACAGACACCAGGAGCGUCUGGAAAUGGAGCUCCGAGUUGCAGAUCCGGGUGCAGAGUGAGUCUGGUCAAAGUGUCCUCCCCUGCUGGCUGUGUUUCCUGCCCACCCUGGCAACGGGAAUCCUGUUUGCCGUGGACACAGGACUCUAUGUCAUCCUAAAGGAGAGAAUCCGGUUCGGGGAGCAGAGUCGAGGAAGGCAGUAGUCCCAGUGGCUCCCUGCCCCAUGGCUGAUGGCUGAUGUUUCAGCAAAGAAAAAGCCAGCAGCAGGUUCUUGCCACUGACCACCACCACCACUGACCACCACUGUCAUGAAACACUACUGCCACAGACCACCAACCCUCCUGCCAUGGGCCACUACCUCCA